CUAUGUAUAUGUAUUUGAAUGUCAUGCCCCUGUCCAGCAGGAACCUUGUUCUAUCUUCAGAAUAGAACUGUUCUGGCGGUGAAGCGUGAAAGUCAACGCGCUGAUCAUAUCAAACCAGGGUAACAGGACCCUUUCCGAUCACAAUCCAAAAUUGCCUGACAUCGGUUUCCUACCAGGAGCUGGCAGUGCUUACUGAUGUGACGUAGAGUUGAAAUGUCUAUGCAUCGUAUAGCCUACCGUACUAGCGAGAUGCAAGACUCUUCGCUCCGACUUUCGGAGGUGAGUAGUCUCCCGAUCUAUGCCUCCUCCGGGACGGAGGGUCUCGUGGUACUGAUGGGUCGUCGAAGCGGCCAAUACGGAGGCCGUCGACACCGGAGAUGAUCUGGCCCAAGUUCAUGGCGAUUGAUGUUGCUAUAAAGUCUUCCCUAGCAUAAGGAUCGUUCCCCCAGUCUUGUUGUGCCCUCUACGAUGGACUGGGACAUAAUCUACGGGCCUAUGCUGAUUGGCGUAUUUUUCAAUUGUAUUCUAUUUGGAAUCAUGGUUAUGCAGACUUUCAUUUACUAUCAAACCUUCAAAGGGGACCGAGCCUGGAUCCGUUUGUUUAUUUUCUAUCUCAUCGUCGCUGAGACCGUGAACACAGGUUGUGACAUGUACUUGAUCUAUCAACCGCUUGUUCAAGAGUUUGGAACCUCGGCUGCGGGGACGUACUUCCCCAUGAUGCUUGCUGCAUCACCCAUUGUCACUGUUUGUGUCUCAACCCCGGUCCAGAUAUUCACCGCUUGGCGCAUUACUAUAGUCACCCAAAGGAAGGUUGCUGCCAUUAUCAUCUGUACAUUUUCGUUGCUUUCGUUUGCGGCCGCGCUUUGGACAGGCAUUCAAGUAGUAACCUUGAAGCUAAUUUCCCGCAAGCUGGAAUUAGAAUUCAUUAUCACAGGAGUCACCUGGCUCAUAUUAAGUGCGCUGGCUGAUUUAAUUAUCACAGCAACCCUCGUAUUCAGCCUGUUGACACGGAAGAAGAGUAGAUACACUUCCUCUUUCUUGAAUCUGUCGAUCGAUCGGAUCAUCCGCUUGGCAAUUCAAACAGGUCUUGUCACCUUUCUUUUUUCCUUGGCCGAUGCGCUCUUAUCUAUAUUCACCCCAAAAACUUCAGUGUGGGCGACAGCAAACUUUGUUUGGGAUUUCUCAAUCUCGAAGUUGUAUACAAAUGCAUUGUUAAGCACACUCAAUGCUCGGGUUGGUUGGAACAACCUCAACACGGCGGGUGAUCGUGACCCAGAUAACGUGCUGUUUGGGGACCCAACAACGGGUGUGGCGCCGCAACCUGUACGGCACUUUCCCAGUAGUGCAGGUGCACGUAGAAGGUUUGAAACAACAACAAUUGCGUCGGACGUCACAGCCAGCUCGCACGAGCUCGGAUUUCCUGUUUGCAAACCGGAAAUUGCUAUCAAUGUCACUAAGCAUGUUAUAAGUGACUAUUCUUCGGAUGUUCACGACAGUGAGGUGCAUGAUUUGGUACAGCAAGCGUGAAAUAGUAGUCUUAGUUGCUCAUUUCUCAUCUCUAAUGAUAGUAUGUAUGUGUUCAAGAGUCCAUUAGUUCUCUAUGUUUGUAAUGUUGAGAUUUUUCAUGAUCAUUUUGCUAAAAAAACAGAAUACUGUACAUUGUCAUAUUC